UGAGUGAGAUUUGUGUAUUGACCAUGGUUUUCGUGUAUCAUUUAUAUGGUCCCCUCUUUCUCGGAGAAUGGAUGGUACACCGAUCUAUUGGAAGGGGGCUCGGAAUGGCUCGAUGCGUUCCCUGCCCCAUCCCGCUCGACACAGGCUCUUAUCUCACUUGCCUCCCUUAGGAUCUUGGAGUUUGUCCGUUUGCACUCGAAAGGGGUUAACCUCCCCCUGAUCUCGAUUCUCUCCUUUGAUCUUUGGGCUGACCUACUCUGGAAUGCGGUGAAUGACAAGCCAGCUUUCCUGAACCUCACUAAGUAUGUAGUUACGCAGGCGAAGGAGAUUGCCAGUGAGGACGAGCUAGUGUCGAUGUGUGUUGAUACGAAGGUGGCUAUGAAGGAGAAAGUGUUUGUUGAGUUGUUUGGAGUUGAGUCCAAUUUUCUUGCGGGUCUGACUCAGGAAACCCUAGCAUCUGUGGAAGGUGGCGUUGGUGUGGAUGAAGAUGAGGAUGAGGAUGAUGAGGACUCACUCCCCUUAACGGAAGAGGAGAAAGUAUACCACGCUAAACUGGUGGCGGAGGGGAAGAGGGAUAGAAUGAAGGCGGUCACUGCUAAUCAGAAGUCUAGCGUUAAUAAGUAUGUCCGCAAUGCCUUCCUUCCCAUUGUUCCACCUAGAUGGAUUGAUUCGCAGUCUAGAUCCGUGGACGACAAGCUCAGGGACCUCUAUACCUUCAACUACCUUGCCCCCAUCCACGCUGACUCCUAUCGGUUUUUAGCGUCACUUACGGAGGACAAGAUGAAGAAGUGCAAUGAGAAGGCACUCAUGGAGAACAUCGACCUGAUUAAGGGCAAUUACCCACUUACUCCUGACAUGAUGAAGCUCCCGACCAUUGGUGAUUUUGACCGUACCAAGUGUACUGUGUCUCCUUCUGCCUUAGCGAUUAGAGGGUUCAUGGCACCGAAACAGCAGACAGCCAUAGCGGAACUGAAGCGCAUCUGGAACGUAGGUCAGUCGUACCUCAAGUGUCAGUGUGUCGCGGAAGGGAAGGGCGAUUGUGGUAAGAAUAUAUCAUGGCUGGAUCAUGUCCUGUGGUAUCUCUUGGCGCGCUUAGAGCUUAGAGCUAGAGCACGAGCAUUCAUGGUCAGGUCGAAGACCACGUGGCGGGCUGCCAUCCUUGCCUAUGUCGUGUUCACACAUAUGAGGGACGUAAUGGUGAGGAUGGCCUACAAUGUGGCCAUAGACCCAACCAGGACCGCGGCGAACAUUUUGGACGACCCUGCCAUCAUGUUGCACAAGUUUCCUAGAACCAUGGCCAAGCUCAUCCUUCCGGCUCGUUAUGUGAAGGCGAAGGAGAAGAGGAGGGUCGAGGCUGCGUCAUCUUCGGCGGCAAAGAGGACAAGGAGGCCGCAGCAGACCAUCCUGGAGUUCUAUGUCCCCCCCGCACAAGGGGACGUCCCGGCACAUGCUCAGGAGAACCCUCCCCAAUCGGAGAUUGCCACUCCACCAUCAUYUACUAGGAUGUCGCGAUGGGUCUUUCGUCUGCUCUAUGCACAAAGGGAGAUCGGGUUCCUUCCCUUCCUCGGUAUUUUGGCUUGAUUAUAAUGAGGUUAUUGCUCUCACCAAUUGGUUAGUGGCCCGCUGCUUCACAUCCUUUGGCAAAAUUUUUUG